CCUGUUUCGGUGUGAUAGGUCAGUUCGGGAUAAAGAUGGCGGCGCCGGACGAGUUGUUUUGCUGGGAAGGAGACUGGGGUCUACCGUCUGUUAGCACUGACUGUCUGGUGGUUCUGGCCUACGCUCAGUUUGCAGGAGCACCUCUCAAACUUCGUAAGAUCUCCAACCCCUGGAGGAGUCCAAGCGGUUCUCUUCCUGCUCUAAGGAUCAAUCAGAAAGAAACUCUGUCCCGACCCUCUGACAUCAUCAUUCACCUCAGAAAACAGAAAUUCAAUGCAGACUAUGACCUGUCAGCCAAGGAAGGAGCCGACAGCCUGGCCUUCAUCUCUCUGAUGGAGGAGAAACUCGUGCCUGCGCUGAUCUAUGCGUUCUGGAUCGAGCCAAAGAACUACGUGGACGUGACUCGCCGCUGGUACGCCGAGCACCUGCCGUUCCCGCUGAACUUUUUCCUGCCUGGACGAAUGCAGCGGCAGCAGCUUGAGAAACUGCGACUGCUGCGAGGAGACGAGAGCUUGGAGGCCGGAGAGGAGCUGGAGAAGGAGCUGUACCGUGAUGCUGCAGAGUGUAUGAACCUGCUGUCCCAGCGACUCAGCUCACACAAGUUCUUCUUUGGAGACUCGCCUUCGUCUCUGGAUGCCUACGUGUUUGGUCACCUGGCACCCAUCCUGAAGUCCAAACUGCCCAAUGGGAAACUGCAGCAGCAUCUGAAGUCCCUCGACAACCUGACUGACUUCUGCACCAACAUCUUGCUGCUGUACUUCCCCCGAGAUGGCCGAGAGAGCUCCAGUCAGAAGACAUCCUCGCAACCUGAAGGUGGAGACUUCGAUCAUGUCCCCAACAAGCGCAGGAAGCAGUUCCUGUCGGUCCUGGUGGCACUGGGCGCCAUGCUGAGCUACGCUCUGCUGACCGGCAUGGUGUCCAUCCAGCAUGUCCAGCAAGGGGCGCUGGAGGAGCCACCAGACCUGCAGACCAUCGGAUCCCAUGAGGAUGAAGGAGAUGACUGAGGAGGACAGACACAGGGCAUCAGGACGGAAGUGUUCAAGAAGUAAUACCAGACUCUCGGCAAAGAAAACCCCAGCAGACGUAUCGGUGUGAAAUACAAAGACUAAUCAGAUUUAUUAAUAACCCAGCAGCCAGGCAGUGGGCGGAGGCGUUGCUGGUUUCUGUGCAGAAAGUAAUGACCAGAUAAUUCUGUCUUUCGGUGGAGGAGCAUCAUUUAAAUCAGAGCCUUGUUUUGUUUUGGUUUCAGUCUAGUCAUUUUUAAACUGCUCUGUGGACUCAGCUUUUCUUUACGGCUAAAUGAAUUUGCUAAAUUUCCCCAGGUUUGUUGUGAAGCAGGUUUUCCUGAGUUCUCCUGUCACGUCAGCUUUGCUGAUGUUCAGAAACGGACACAGUUAUCUUCUGAACUGUUCCAACAUAGCCAUCUCAUGCCAGUAAUAAUAAUAAAUCUAUAGACUAAAUAACCAGACUGCUCAUUUUCUCAGCUGCUGACUGAAGUCAGCUGAUCCUUUCCAUCACUCUGCUGGCCUGUUGUCAUGUGACUUGGCAGAACAAUCUCUGAUUGGCUGGCAGUGACAAGGACAGGCAGAAGAAGAAGACAGAGCCCAGGACUGUCACUAAACAGGAGAAGGAGGAUGUGACAGUUUGGCAUCAGCCUGUUAAUUGACCUGCUUCUGCACUUUCAUCUGACUCUAUAAAACAUUCAGCAUCGCAGCUUGUGUUAUCCUCACAGUGCACAUUCCUAAACAUGUGUUAGUGUGCAACCCCACGACUUAUUUAUAACUAUAUUAACUUUGUUUCUACAGGACAUUUCAGGCAGUAAAAUCAGAUGUUUAACAUGAAAUAAAACGAACAAAAUGAAGUCAUGCCCCUAAUAUCAGUACCAAAGAAUAGCAAAAGCAAAUAACAUGACAGGAAAUAAUAAAUGACAGAAGGUUAUUUCCCUGAUGUCUGAGUGAAAAACACUGCUCUCUAAUGAGGACCUGGCAGCUCUCGAGCCAGACGAGAUUAGCUUCAUGUCUCACACUCGCUUCUUAAAAUGGAGGUUGACCUGUGAAGAGAGGCUAAAACUGUGUGGCCGGUGUGAUCUGGCCUUUUAAUGUUAAAAAGCCAAGCAGUUGUGUCCGUGACAUAAUUUUGUUGAAAACAGAGAAUACCAGAAAUCUGACAGACGGGAUGAAUGUGUGUGUGGAAGUUCACAUCAGGACCAGAGACGGAAGUCCUGCUGUGGAAGAUGCUCCUCAGCUCAGAGUAGCUUGGCCAGAGGACUGAGGCUUCUGCUGCAUCUUUUACAUUUGGAGACCUCAGUGGUCUUGGAAAGUCUGUGGAUUUUGGAUGACUAAAGAUAAAGAUUUUCCUUUUAGUCGGUUGUAUGAUGCCAAUACCUCAGACUGUGUUCUGUGUGUUUUUCCAUAAAGUGGCGUGCUACUGCUGAA